AUCCACGAGGUAUACCCGGUGGUGCACUUCGUGUACCUCAAACCAGCGACCCUCAGUUCUAGGAACUUUUCUUGGGAUUGCAUCAAAGUCAGAUUUUUCUGGCAGCCAAAUGGCGAAGAGACAGACUUGGCAAAAACGUUACAUUGACUCAGGGAAACAGUUUGAGUGGUUUUUCAAUUUUGAAACAGUGAAAAGGAAAGUUCUGCCUUUCAUACCAAAAUCAGAUGAAUGCAGAAUUAUAGAUCUUGGUUGUGGAACAUCUCAUUUUACUUUAGAUCUCUGUAAAGCAUCUGAAUUUCAAGGCUCUGUGUUUCUAACUGAUUUCUCUAUGGAAGCUGUAUUUCACCAACAAAAAAUUUAUGCUGCUCCACAAUCAUCUGAGAUAUGUUAUGAUAGUGGAAUUCCAUGUAAUGGUGUGCCUAGUAAUUCCAAAACAUCUCAUUUAGACAAGUCAGCAGUUAGUACUGAGCAUAAAAAAUCCUCAAAACUCAAGACAAAAAUGACAAGCUUUUUUCUUUGCUGUGAUGCAGAAAUGUUACCCCUGAAGGACCAUUCCAUGGACUUGGUCAUAGACAAAGGUACAGUGGAUUCUGUACUGAAGGAUAAGAACAAUGGCCUGUCUCGUGCAAGACAAAUGCUGAAAGAGGCCGCUAGAAUUUUGACCCCCGGUGGACACUAUAUACAGUUCACUGACGAGGAUCCUGAUGCAAGGCUCUCACUUCUGGAAAAUAGUUUAUGUGAUUUUGAUGUAUAUAGACAUUUCAAUAUCACAUACAGCUCUCUAGGAUUUUAUGGCAAUGGCAUAGAAUAUUUCCUUUAUGUUGUGGUUCGUAAAUAAUGACAUAUGAAUAAAUAUAAAUGUAA